AUGAUCUAUACUAUUAGUUAAAAGAGGUAAGAACUAUUAUAGACUUCCAUAGACAGCUCAAUAGAAUGGCAUAACAAUAGAAUUGAUACUUCCAAUAGAUAAUCAAUAGCUGAAAUGAUGUCUGAUUUUUAAAAGAAAAGUUCAAUUAUUAGGAUGAAAUUGCAAUUAAUAAGAAAUAACAAUGAAGAAAUUAGCAGGUUGACUGAAAUCAUAUAGUCAGCAGUAUCCACUUAAAAAGAAAAAGGUUUAGUUUAUUAAAAUCUAUUUAUAUAGAAUCAAUGAAGAAAGUUGAUUAAUUACAAGUAUAAAUUAAUAAGAAUACGGCCGAAAUAAAAAGUUAUUUGAUGAAAUAGAUAAAUUAGUUAAAGAAAAUGAUCCUCAUUAACCAGAAACAAAAGCGAUGAU